AAAAAAAAAUAUAAAAGAAAAAACCGACCAGGCCUAUUAAUGACACACAAAAAGAUAAGUUCACAGGUAAUACGCGAUGAAUCGAGUGAUACGUCAGAAAAAGAUGUGAUGAGCGUGUCACAACGCGUACGUGACGAUGAUUCAAGUACGGAGUCAGCGGUGAGCAUAUCGCUGAAUAGCGAGGAACAAAACCGUAAAGAGCCGGAGAAAGACAUUGAAGUACGCCGCAUACCGCCUGAAAAGGACUUGCGAUCGUGUCGGCUGGUGGCAAACGCGAACAGGCCGCACGAGUCGCCGCCCAUAAUAUGUGCAGAUGUGCAGCGCAAUUCGAUGUGGGAGGCUGUUUACGUGCCUGUUGACUGUGAAGAAGCGAACAAUGCAAAAAAGUCACCACCAAUUCUGCAGAAGAAGCCGAAGAGGAUCGGCACUACGGUACUUGAAAAGAUUAGUGUUGUGCCGCAGAUCGUGCCGGCAAAGGACACAAUCUGCAACAUAUGUUUCGAGAAGAUUACUGGCAAGAUCUACAAUCUCAAAUGCAAGCAUGUUUUCCAUAUGGAUUGCAUUUUUAGGUGGAUCUAUACGUGCAAUUUGUGCCCGCUGUGCAAGUGUCCCAUCCUUCUGGGCAUUUAUAACGGACGUAAAUAAAAGCAUUUGUUUAGAAA